UUGAACAGUUUGAUUUGAGAUCAAAUUAGCGAUGUCCAAUUUUUACAGUUCGAAAGAUUAUUAUGUUUGCUACUCAAUAUUCAACAUUUUUCAUGUGGCUGAGUGUGAAACCUCAAUUUUGUAUUGCAUGUCAAAGAAGGAAGCUGAAAAGCCAGUAUAUAUUGAAAUCAUGGAAAAGGCAAGAUGAGAUUGAGAUAGGAAAGUGGGAGAGUGACAAAAGUAGAAAGAUUGGAGACAGGAGAAUAAGGAUAUGAACACAGUAUUGUAGAUGACAAGGAGGGGCUGAUCAAAGAUAGGACUGACAGACAAAAAAGACGGAUCGAGGGGAUAAGUGAAAGUUGUGUCUGAGAAGCUGAUGUAUUAAUGUGUAUUCAUAUAUACUCCUAUCUGAAGGCUGAAAAUUACUAUAAAGAUGUUUAUUGAUUUUGGUUUGGACAAGUGUGUUUAAGCCACAAUGUUCUAGGCUUGAUAAAAAAAAAAAAGUUCCAAUUUUCUGGGAGAAGAAUUUAAAGGGGUACACGAGCAUGGAGACAAGUUGCUGUUGUACUGAGAUUAGCAAAAUGCUAGUCAAGUUCAGCAAUUUAAAAUUGCUUGAGUAGCUUUUGAGACAGCCAGGCAUGCCAGCAGCCCAAGUGGAUACUAGCAAGAAAUCUCCCAUGGAAUUGAUCAAUGAAGUUCCACCUAUUAAGGUUGAGGGCAGGAUUGCUGCCUGCGGAGACACUAAUCCUGCUCUUGGACAUCCAAUUGAGUAUAUAUGCCUUGAUCUGGCUGAGCCUUCUGUAUGCAAGUACUGUGGUUUGCGCUAUACUCAAGAUCAUCACCGUUAGGGUUCCUGAAUUAAGAGUGUUCUUCAUUUUAUAUGUAAGCAGCUGUGUUUAUUGUGAUCCUUUGUACUACUGAUCUUAAUAAGGAUUAGGGUCCCGUGUGAUCCAAUUUUCUUAAAGCUGGUAUACAGAUGCUUUUCGCAAGUUCAUUUCUCUAUUUUGGACAUAGGCCCAUAGUAUAUGCUUGUUUUUAGCACGACUGAUAUUAUAAUGCACAACUCUUGGGGGUCGUUUGGUACAUGGGAUGGGAUAAGGAUAAUAUUCCCGUAAUAAGAUUUGUGAUUAACUUUAUAUCAUGUUUAGUUUGAGGUAUUAGCUCAUCUGGAGAUAACUUUUACACUAAAUGGUAAAAUUAGUUGUCCCAUAUAGAAGGUGGGAUGACUAAUCUCAUGAGAUAUCCUAGGAUAUCCCACCGUUGUAAAAAACGACCCCUUACUAUAUAUAAUGUUGUAGAAGGUAACACUAGAACUCUGCUGGUAUUCACCUGAGGCAAGGCACUAGAAAAAACGCCCUGCAGACUCUCAAAAUACUUUAAUUCACCCCCUCUCCUCUUGUACUGUAGUGGUAUAUAAAAUAAAUAUACUCCAUCACCUGACUGAAUAUGAGAAGCACCAAUUGCACAGAAAACGAGUUUGGUUGAAGAUAUUUCUGACAGGUGCUUAGGACAUAUUUAAAUCAUGACCUAAUCUCCAACAUUAAAGUAGGCUCCGACUAAUGACUAAUGACUAAGGACUAAGGACUAAAGCCAUCAAGCUCGAUAAGCUUGACAGAGAUCGUCUAACAACUAGGAGUAUAAUUGAUAUGACAGCUCCCUAACAUAAUUAAUGACAUUAUCAAAUAAUCAAGAUUCACCAAAAAGUAUGUGGACCACAUCUACAGUACCAGGUGCAUCCUAAUUGGUAGUAUUAUCUCGGGGCGGCCCUACAAACUACGAAUGUGAACAAGACUGCAGGUCAAUUACCUAAGGUUAAGCAUUUGUUGAUGAGUUGGGAAACACUACGGAGCAUAUAAUUGCUCACGCUUGGAUUUCAUUUAACUCACAGAAAGAAAAAACAAACAGUAGGGUCAAUGGAGGAUCAUCAACAUGAUUGAGUUGAACUAUUUAAUUUCACUCAUUCGCAUUUGCAUGGAGUAUGCAAUGACACGCCAUCUGUAGUAAUGAGCAAACCCCUUUCACCCUCUCUAACCCUGCAUAAUAGAGGAUUAACAAUAAAAAAUAGUUGAAUUUGGAACAUACAAAAAGAAGGAAAACCUGGAGCCCCACAAUUUAGCAUCAUCAUUAGACAUUGCU